GUUAUAUUAUUCAUCAGUGGUUAAAAAAUUAACAAGAGACAUACUUAUCAAGAUAUGGUAGUAGAGAAAUGUACGUGCCUGUUUAUGAAGUUUCUUCCUCCUUCGAAAAGUAUGUUUUAGUGAUCAAACAUGGGGUUUUAUAUGUGUAAUCUAUUUAAACUUUAUUUUUGGAUUUACAUUUGGACUUAUAUCUUAUACUAUACUACAUGCUAUGAUCAGCUCGUAUUUACCAACAAAACUGAGGUGAGUAGCAGUUCAACGUAUGAAGAUAAAGAUUCCCGUGGAUCUGCUGACAAAACAAUUGACAAAAACGUCAAUCAAAUAUAUAAUAACUGCAUGCACACUGCCACAGGGAAGAAAGAAGCUUGGUUACGUCUAGAUCUCGGGGACAUCUACAAUUUGAAAAGCGUUAAAAUAUGGUACAGGAAUGACAGGGGAGAUAACUUGAAUACAAAAAGACUCCAAGGAUUUUCUGUACUUACAUCCCACAGUUCAGAUAUCAGUCUGGAUGAUAGCAACUUAUGUUACGAGGACCCAAAAAACGAGACACUUAAUACAAUUCUUGAAGUGGAAUGUAUACAAACAGCACGAUACGUAACUAUUCAUAAAAGUGACAACGAGGAAGCUAUUCUGGAAAUUUGUGAAGUAGAGAUUUACGGCUGCCCGCGUCAGAGCUAUGGUGAAAACUGUGUCCCAUGCGAUGCGUGUAAAUUUGAGUGCGACGUAACCGGAAGAUGUGAUGGAUUUGGUUGUGUUAAAAAUACAGCAAACCUUGGACCAUACUGUAAAGAAUGUAAGGCGGGAAAAUAUGGUGAAGAUUGCAAUAAUACUUGUGGUCACUGUGCAAGAAACGAUACAUGCGAUAACAUCAACGGGUCUUGUCCUGGGUCAUGUGACGCAGGUUAUAGAGGGAAGAAUUGUCUCAAUGCAUGUCCUUUUGGAAAAUUUGGUAAUGACUGCAAUGAAAAAUGUGGCUACUGUGCAAAUAACAAGACAUGUCAUCACAUCAGUGGAUCAUGCAAUGGAUCAUGUGAACCCGGAUAUUAUGGAGAAAAAUGUCUCACAUCAUGUAGUUCUGGAAGAUAUGGUGAUGAAUGCAAGGAAAAAUGUGGCCACUGUGUAAAUAACGAGACGUGCAAUCACAUCAGUGGAUCAUGCAAUGGAUCAUGUGAAGCAGGUUAUCAAGGGAAGAAAUGUCUCACAGCAUGCACAUCUAGUAAAUACGGCAAAGAUUGUCAAGAAAAAUGUGGCUACUGUGCAAAUAACAAGACAUGCCAUCACAUCAGUGGAUCAUGCCCCGGAUCAUGUGAAGCAGGAUAUUAUGGAGAAACAUGUCUCACAGGUAAAACAUCGGUUUACCUCAUAGAUCCCACAAGUAUGAGAAAAAAGAUUGCUUAUGCAUCUGAUGUAAGGAGUAAAUCUAUGGGAGAAGACAAGAAGUUGAGUCCAUUUGAAGAAGAAAUUAACAAUAGCCUAAAGAAAUGA